AUGCCCCUCUGCCUGGCUUCAUUAGUUGUUUCACCUCGUCCUAUAGUUUUAUCUUCUUUUUUUUUCUGCUCCCUCUUCGCACCUUUCCCUUCCCUUCCUUUCUUCUCUCUUUCUCUCUCGAUAUACGUGUAUGUGUAUGUACGUGUGUCAGCAGCCCUCCCGCCUCUUUUCUUCUCCGAUCGUUUUCGCGGUCUCGGAUGGGCGAUGCGGAGGGGGGGGGGGAAUCUUUCUGUACUCGCCCUCCCUGCCCGCGCAGUGGCGUUAGAGCUGAGAGAUACGUGUUGA